AUCAUCUCUCCACACAAUCCCACUUUCUCCUCGUCUUCAAUCUGUCCUUCCCUUCUCACUUCCAAUGGCUGCCUCCACAAUGGCUCUCUCCUCCCCCUCCCUAGCCGGCAAGGCCCUCAAGCUUGCCCCCUCUGCCUCCGACCUCCUAGGAGAAGGGCGGGUGACUAUGCGGAAGACUGGCGGCCGGACCAAGCCUGUCUCCUCCGGGAGCCCCUGGUAUGGCACCGACCGGGUCAAGUACUUGGGCCCGUUCUCGGGUGAGCCGCCGUCCUACCUGACUGGUGAAUUCCCCGGGGACUACGGGUGGGACACCGCCGGUCUCUCGGCCGACCCCGAGACUUUUGCGAAGAACAGGGAGCUUGAGGUCAUCCACUGCCGAUGGGCCAUGCUGGGCGCCCUCGGCUGCGUGUUCCCGGAGCUUCUGGCGCGCAAUGGCGUGAAAUUUGGCGAAGCCGUGUGGUUCAAGGCCGGGGCGCAGAUCUUCAGCGAGGGGGGACUUGAUUAUCUGGGCAAUCCUAACCUGGUGCAUGCGCAGAGCAUUUUGGCCAUAUGGGCAUCUCAGGUGAUACUGAUGGGUGCAGUAGAGGGGUACAGAAUUGGCGGUGGACCGCUAGGAGAAGUGGUGGACCCGCUGUAUCCGGGAGGCAGCUUUGAUCCAUUGGGGUUGGCAGAUGACCCCGAGGCCUUUGCGGAGCUGAAGGUGAAGGAGAUAAAGAAUGGGAGGUUGGCUAUGUUCUCCAUGUUCGGGUUCUUUGUGCAGGCCAUAGUGACUGGGAAGGGGCCAUUGGAGAACCUGGCUGAUCACUUGGCUGACCCUGUUAACAACAAUGCUUGGGCUUAUGCCACCAACUUUGUCCCUGGAAAGUGAGGGAUACAGUAGUUGUGUGAGGGAGUCGGGAGAAUUUGCAUGAGAUUUGUAUGUGGAUAUGUAUAUUAUUGCAAAAUCGUAAUGGAGGAAUCUCCAUGGGAGCAACCUCCUAAGCCGCCUUUUUCACUUUGGAUGAUGAAGUUUGUGAGAUUAAGAGAAAUGGAAUGACUUAAUUUCAAGUUUUUGUUCUGCUA